AUGGGGAAGAUUGUGGUGAACUGGAGGGACAAACAUUAUGGCCAUAUCCAAGUGUGGAAUAGUCGAGCACGAUCUCUAUGUCAUGGAGUACGACUAGAGGGUGCUAUGUCGCCUGCUUAUCCAUACUUCGAUUGGUACGAUAAGGUGACUUGGAGGUUCGUCGACCACACUUCCGCGUCACUUCUUAUUAUGGUUGCCAGUCACAAGCAGUUGUUGAUGCGUCAUGUAGUAGGUAGUCCUGAGUACAAGCAGAUUAUAGCUGUACUUAAGGUAGUGGAACGCCUUCGCCGUGUAACUGCCCAACAUCCCUUGGAAGAGACCGAUGGGGCAAAUCAAGAAGCGCCAAAAGAUACUGGACUACCAAGCACGGGCUCAACUCGUGCUAGCCAUAGCCAUGGUCAACGUGCUGCACCCCAUCAGGUUGUCAGUAGGUUGGGUCCCCCUCCACCCCUACAUGCACCAGAGUUCCCUCCACCCCCACAUGCAUCUCCUGCCCCAGAGAUCCCUCCAUGUACUGCUCAUGCAAUUCCUGACCUAGAGAUCCCUCUACCUACUGCUCAUGCAUCUUUUCACCCCGAGAUCCCUUCACACACCCCACAUACAUUUUUUGACUCUGCUCAUCUUUCAUUUACCCCGCCAUUCUUUGAUCUCGACUAUGAUUUCAGUCAAACCCCUCCUGUCAUGCACACUCAAUCCCCCUCGUACAGCAUUGGUCAUAUAGACCAUGUACCACCCCAUAGUCAGUCCAUGUCAUUCAUGCCCACUCCUAGAUUGCAUACAAAUCCCAUGACUACGGGCCGCACUCACAUUUCAUCUGCUACACCAUCCUCCCCCGCAAUUGUAGGAUCUUCAGUUGUUGGAAGUCAAGCAAAACAGCAAGAUGUGCAUGUUGAGAAUGAGCAGGUAGUUGGGUUACAGUCACCCCCACAAGGUCAACCUAAACGCACAACAAAAGCACCUCCUUGUGGGACAGGUGGUCACAAAGUAGGACACAAGGCUGACCCCACGGUAACAACUCUGGUCAAGAAAGGUGCUCGGAAAAUUACACUGAGUAUUGGUGAUGGUGCCAAUGAUGUUAGCAUGAUUCAAGCUGCUCAUAUUGGCAUUGGAAUAAACGGGAUGGAAGGGAUGCAAGCAGUGAUGGCUAGUGAUUUUGCAAUAGCCCAGUUUCGCUUUCUUACGGAUUUGCUUCUUGUGCAUGGGCGGUGGUCUUAUCUUAGAUUAUGCAAGGUUGUGACAUACUUCUUUUACAAGAAUCUUACGUUCACAUUGACUCAAUUUUGGUUCACCUUUCAUACUGGAUUCUCUGGUCAGAGAUUCUAUGAUGAAUGGUUUCAGUCCCUGUAUAAUGUCAUAUUUACAGCUCUGCCUGUGAUCAUUGUUGGGCUUUUUGAUAAGGAUGUCAGUGCAACCCUUUCUAAGAAGUACCCUGAACUGUAUAUGGAGGGAAUAAGAACUGUCUUUUUUAAAUGGAGGGUUGUGGCAGUAUGGGCUUUCUUUUCUUUCUACCAAUCUCUUGUCUUUUAUUGCUUUGUGACCACUUCCAGUAAAGGUGCUAAAAGUUCAUCAGGGAAGGUGUUUGGUCUCUGGGAUGUCAGCACAAUGACCUUCACAUGUGUUGUAGUAACAGUCAACUUGCGACUUCUUCUGAUGUGUAAUUUGAUUACUAGGUGGCAUUACAUUAGUGUUGGGGGAAGUAUUUUAGCAUGGUUUAUUUUCAUUUUUAUUUAUUCAGGAAUUAUGACCCCAAUGGGCAUGCUUUGGGAACUUAUGCUAAUGGGUGUUUUAUUUGGGAUCCAUCAGGUCAUUGCUGCUUCUGGAGCUGUGAAGCAUGACGAAAUUGUUGAGCAAGUAAAAAAAUUGUUCACAAAGUUGUCAUCAGAUCCCACCACAGCUACUCAGUUUGUUGCAGAAGAACCAACGGAUUUUACUGGUUCCGAGGUUAGGAUAAUUGAUGAUGAUAUUCCUUUGGCACAAUUCGCGGUUGCUUUUAGCGGAGCAUCUUGGACAGAUCCAAAUUCCAUUGCUCUGAUGGUCAUGCAGGCUAUGUUGGGUUCAUGGAACAAAAGUGCCAGUGGAGGAAAGCACAUGGGGUGA